AUGCAAUUCCCUUCUGCGCAGUAUUUCCUAUUGUCGAUUCCAGAGCCCCAUGUGCUGCUCAUCACCAUCAAUCGUCCAAAGCAAUUCAAUGCACUGAAUCCCGAUGCAAACUGGGAAUUGAAUAGACUGCUCGAUUGGGCCGAAGACACGGAUGACAUUUGGUGUAUUGUGAUCACGGGUGCUGGCGGAAAAGCGUUUUGUGCUGGAAUGGAUCUUGUCAACUGGAACAAGGAGAGAAAGAGUGGUUCAGAUGGUCAAGGUACCGAGAGUCACAUGCCACCCACUGGCUUUGGAGGUCUUAGCAACAGGGCCUUGGCUCGCAAACCUGUGAUUGCUGCUGUCAAUGGCUAUGCACUUGGUGGUGGCACUGAAAUGGUCAUGGCCUGUAACAUUGUGGUGGCAACCAAGAAAUCAAAGUUUGGGUUACCUGAAGUUAAACGUGGUGUCACCAUUGCUGCUGGUGGAUUGGCACGCCUAGCACGUGCUGUCAGUUAUCAAACUGUGAGCGAGAUUGCAUUGACGGGUCGACAUUUCACUGCCGAGGAAUUCAAAAACUAUGGUCUUGUUAACCAAGUCGUGGAUGACAAUGUGGAUAUUGUGCAAGCUGCUCUCGAAUGGGCAAAGAAGAUUGUAGCAAAUUCUCCAGAUGCAGUAUUUAUUACAAAGUAUGGUAUUAUGCUUGCUCUCGAACGUGGAUCUAUGUUUGAUGCUACCCAAGAAUGGAUGGAAUCGGAUGAAGCAAUUGCCUGGCGCAAUGGUGAUAACUUGACAGAAGGUUUAGCUGCAUUUGCUGGCAAAAGAGCACCCGUAUGGAAAAACCCUGCACGUGUCAUUCAUCGCAACAACAAGAGCAAAUUGUAA